CUUGUCAAAUGUGAUGAUAAUAGAUGACUCUUAGUGACAAUGGUUUAUUGUGUUGCCUAUGGUUGUUCAAACACUCAGAAAAAGGGGAGCGGACUAAGUUUUUUCAGCUUUCCAAGUGAUGCUGCAAGGAGAAAAGUUUGGACAUUUUACUGUCGGCGGAAAGGCUUCGUACCAACAAAUAACAGUAGAUUGUGCUCUAAACAUUUCACUAGGUGUCAGUUAGAAAGGGAUCCAGAUAGAAUGUUGGUAAAUGGGUAUUCGAAUGCCAGGAUUCGGCUUCGCAGCGACGCUGUUCCAGAUGUACCCCUCCUAAUCAAGCCCCAGGAUGAGAACGCCGCCAUUGUUAUCCCGUCUAAGAAGCCCCGGGGGGCUUUUAUUAAACGACAGCGGGCUGAUAUUCCCUGCCUAAAUGUCCUACAAGAAUUAGAGCCACGAAACGUGGAGGACACAUCAACCCAGCACUACCCCCCAGAUCCACAACCAUUACCGGAGACUGCUUCCGAUCCCGGAGCAGAGACCACAGUCCCAGAGAAGGAAACAUCCACUAUCAACACCCCUAUUGCUGCAGUGACUCAAUCCAAGAAGUGUCAGGCAUCUAUUCAGGUUCCCCAGAGAACUAGAAGAAUCCAGGUCUCCCUUCCUAUGUCAUCAAGUGUUCAGACUGUGUCCACUAGAGUCCAAUGCUCCAGUCUAUGUGAUGGUGUCUCAUUGCGAGUGGCUGCAGGCUUAGCAACUUUGCCAGAUCUCACCCCCCAGGAUCCUUACGACUCAGACUCAGCGAGUGAUGAUGAGGAAGAAGACAGCCAGAAUACACAUGACCCAGAUUAUGAUCCGCUGGAUGAUGACAUCUCGAGUGAUGAGGAGAUCGAGGAUACCCAGGAUAUGCAUGUCACUUGUCCAUUACGCACAGAUGUCCCACCAGAGGAAGAGCGACAGUUUUUGGUAUCCGAAUCGUGCUUAGCCCAGCUGUUACAGAAAUGUGGCUCUUGUGAUGGUGUAUGUAAUUCUGUGUUGCAGUUCACAAGAGGAACUAUGAUAGGGACACUUUCCACUUGCCCUAAUGGACACUCUUCCCAGUGGGAGAGCCAGCAGUGUCAUUAUGGAAUGCCAUGGUCUAAUAUUCUUGUAGCUAGUGCCAUAGUGUUUAGUGGAUCCAAUGUAUCCAAGAGCUUGCGUCUAUUUAGACAUUUGAAACUCACCAUGAUGUCAACAUCAACCUUUAACCGGAUUCAGACUGCCUAUGUGAUUCCAGCCUCACUUUUUACUUGGGAUUUUCAUCAGGAAGAGCUUCUUCGAAACAGUGAAGGAAAGAUCCUAACACUUGGAGGUGAUGCUAGGUGUGAUUCCCCUGGAUUCUCAGCAAAGUUUGGAUCCUACACACUCAUGGAUUUGGAGACAGGAAAAGUCAUGGAUUUUCAAUUGGUUCAGAGUAACGAAGUUGCUGGGUCUACUCAUAUGGAGUUGGAGGGUUUGAAACGCAGUCUUCGUAGACUUGGUGAUGCAGGACUUCAUGUCCGAACCCUGGUUACAGACAGACACGGUAUGGUGAAGAAAUACAUGAGGACAGAACACCCAGACAAAAACCAUUUCUUUGAUGUGUGGCACAUGGCUAAAGGAGUCUCAAAGAAGUUAGAAGCUGCAGCCAAAAAGAAAGAUUGUCAGAACAUCAGGCCAUGGGUCAAAAGUGCAGUCAACCACUGUUACUGGGUGGCUGUCUCUAGCGGGGAAAAUGGGGAACUCAAGGAGCAGAAGUGGGCAUCCCUGACUCAACAUAUCGCUAACAAACAUGAUAGUUGUGAACAUGGGGUAUUGGCUGAAGAUAAGCUUUGGCUUAAAGAAGGUUCAAGGGCCCACAAACUUUUUCGAGAAGUGGUGGAGAGUAAAUUUCUGUUGAAGGACAUUGGCAAGUUAUCCCCCCUUCAUCAGACGUAUGGACUGGAGGUUUACCAUAGUGUGGUCAACAGUUUUGCCCCAAAGAAUACACACUUUUUUUAUCCUGCAAUGAUGGCCAGGCUCUGUGUAGCAUCACUACACUUUAAUGAAAAUGGAAGGAGACACCAAGCCUCCACAAGAGCAGGUGAAGCCCAAUGGCAGCUUAGUUAUCCUAAGGCAAAGAAAGGGGAGCAUGCUGUAGUCAAACCACACAAAACUCAAAUCACUUAUGAUUAUGUUGAUCUGUUGAGGAUGAAUUUGGUGGAGCGUCGGAGAAAGUUCCCUUCAUAUUCAACGGCUUCUUCAGAUGCGCGUGUAUCUCUAGGGUAUCAGCCACCACCUUUGACCUCUUCAUAUGCUGCAGUCAACAAACAACAGCUGAUUAUGUCAAGGCGCACCAGAUUCGCUAGGUGAUGGACUUAUACUGGUCGAGGGUACUGGAAUCCGGUGUAGUAUUCUGAAGGAAACCUAUCACGAAUCUUGUUGACAACACAAGAUGGUAGUACCUUUCGGUUGCCGCGACCAAGCCUAUGCCAGACCCAGAAUACAAACCUCCUGUAUGCAAUGUGACGAAGAACUCUGCAAAUUGAUAUGAAUUAUUGAAUGAUUUUUAAACUGAUUGUAUUGUUAUAAUUAAUUCUUC